AGGUAUGCUGUCAAAAUUGACGUGGUUGUCAUUUAAUUUAGCUAUCGUCGCUGCGUAAAUUAUCGUGUUUGCGUGCAAUUUAGCCCCAUAUUUGGCCCCGUGCACCGUGAAAUCCGUAGCAAGGGUGCCAGUGAGUGCGGUCGUGAUAGAGUUUGGGGUGCAAGAGCGCGAGAAGUGUUCGAAUUUGCCGCCAAAUUGGUCAGUGAGUCUCAAUGGACGUCAAAAACAACCAAUCAAAUCCAAUGGCGGCGCAUAUGGCAAAUUUCAUUGGAGCUUCGGACAACUGACAAUUUUUCUAUUGGUUUAUAACUGUGCCGAUCAUCCCCAUUGGUUUUUGAAACCCCAAAAACUCACGAUUUUACCACGUGCUUCACUUGGACUGUUUACUUGUGCAUUUGUGCAUUUCUCACGCAGCAUCUCAUUGCAAAUCACUUUGUUCCCAUCACAAAUUCUCCUCCACAAGCUCGCCACUGAGGCAGCUGAAAUUGUCUUUCAUUUCCUUCGUGUGUCUCGAAGUGAAGAGGAUUUGCUCUUUUAUGUGCACCGAAUCCCCCUUGAAAGUGGAUUUGGUGCUGAGGAUCUCUUGAACGAAUACUAAAGGAGAGCUUAAGGGAAAUGUCGUACGUUUUGCUAAAAAGUGAGGACAUGAGCGAAGAUGCUCAGGAGGCCACGGGCAGUGGAGCUGGUGGGAGUGGCGGGUCCGGAGAUGAGAAUAACACAGCAAAUGCGGGUGAGAGUGAGGCUCAGGCCACGCUGAAUAGCUUCUGGCCAAUAAUAAAUGAGGAAGUUAAGCGAAUAAAGACAGUAGAUGCUAAGAAUCAAAAUCUUCCACUGGCGAGAAUUAAGAAAAUCAUGAAGCUAGAUGAGGAUGUGAAGAUGAUCUCAGCUGAGGCGCCUCUGUUGUUUGCCAAGGCUUCUGAAAUAUUCAUUCAUGAACUAACACUACGUGCGUGGGUGUAUACGGAGGACAACAAACGACGGACGCUGCAGAGGAGCGAUAUAGCGAUGGCCAUUUCGAAGUAUGAUCAAUUUGAUUUUCUCAUUGACAUUGUGCCACGCGAGGAGAUUAAGACGAUCAAGAAGGAGAGUGAGAUCAAGUCCACGGGGAAUUGUGAGCAGGUUAAUCAGAUUCAGUACUACUUCCAACUGGCGCAGCAGCAUCAGCAGGCGCUGCAGGGACAAACGGCAGCCCCAACGCAGAUUCAGGUGCAAACAUCGACGCCCGUCACAUUGGGGGGAAUGCACAAUAAUAUCAUUGUGACGUCACCCACGGGAACGCCACAAUCUGCUCAGCAACCCGCCACGAAUGCCAUGAUUGUUAACAAUGUACCGCAACAGAAUCAACCGUUGCAGGUGCUGCAGCAAAUUGUAACGCCCACCGGAGAGAUUCAGCACAUUCAGAUCCCCCUGUCGCCGUCACAGUUGAACCUCAUUCGGAUGCAAGGUGGUGCACAGCAGCAACCGAUAAUAAUUCAAACAACAGCCCCCCAGCAACAAACUGCCCAGCCACAAAUUCUCCAACUGGGUCAGCCAGCAUCGCAGCAUCAGCAGGUUUCUGCUGCCCCGAUGUUCAUCAAUGCUACAGCCACCACUGCAAGUGCUGCAUCGUCGACAGAUGGGUAGCAUCAAGUGAUCGUCAUGGGACCUGGCCCUUCCUUUGCGCAUGGACGAUAGCGACAAAAAGGAGCCACAUUUCUCUGCGUGUAAUGUGUAAAGUGAGUACGUAAAAGAAAAUAAUAGCCAUUGAGGCUUAAAAAGAGGACUCAAAAAUGCCAGUUUAUGGACAAAUGUGUGAAGCUCACAAUUUUCACAGUGAUUUGUUAGCUUCACUUUGUUUUCCCAAACACUUUUUUCAGUGCUUAAAGAGAAUAUUGUAUAUUUUGUAAGGUAGUCGUGCAUUUUGAUCUUCUAGCAAAGCGAGAGAGAAAAAAAAACGUUGAGAGUCUCUCAUCGAUGUUGUCUUUAUAUUUUAUAAAUUUAACACCUUAUUCAGGAAUAAAAGAGCAAUAAAAAACUCAAAAAAAA